AGGUAUCCGGCCCCCUCUUGGACCCCUUCCAGGCCCCAGGGGUCUCCACCCCAGCCCAACUCCAGGGCCCCAAAUAGGGGAGGGGCUGUGAUCCUGGGUCUGCAAGGGGCUGAGCUGUGAGCUAUAAAGGGGGCAUCUCUCAGCACCGGGGGACUUUAGGCAGCGUGACCUGAGGCCAGACAGGACUACUCCAUGUACCAUCCACGAGAGUUGUACCCCUCCCUGGGGACAGGCUACCGCCUUGGGCCCCCCCAGCCGGGAGCAGAUUCCAGCUUCCCGCCUGCUCUGGCAGAGGGCUACCGCUACCCUGAUCUGGACACUCCCAAAUUGGAUUGCUUCCUCUCCGGGAUUGAGGCUGCUCCCUGCACCCUGGCCGCUCCCCCACCUCUGCCCCCGCUGCCCCCACCCCUGGGCACUGAGCUGGCCCCCCCAGCCCCAGAGGCCCUUCAUUCGCUCCCUGGAGUCAGCCUGAGCCUGGAGAACCGGGAGCUGUGGAAAGAGUUCAAUUCCGUGGGAACAGAGAUGAUCAUCACCAAAGCUGGGAGGCGCAUGUUCCCUGCUUGCCGAGUAUCAGUCACUGGCCUGGACCCCGAGGCCCGCUACCUGUUUCUCCUGGACGUGGUUCCAGUGGACGGGGCUCGCUACCGCUGGCAGGGCCGCCGCUGGGAGCCCAGUGGCAAGGCAGAGCCCCGCCUGCCUGACCGCGUCUACAUUCACCCCGACUCUCCUGCCACUGGUGCCCACUGGAUGCGGCAGCCCGUGUCUUUCCAUCGUGUCAAGCUCACCAACAGCACACUGGACCCCCACGGCCAUCUGAUUUUGCACUCCAUGCACAAGUACCAGCCCCGCAUACACCUGGUGCGGGCAGCCCAGCUCUGCAGCCAACACUGGGGGGGCGUUGCCUCCUUCCGCUUCCCCGAGACCACAUUCAUCUCUGUGACAGCCUAUCAGAACCCACGGAUCACACAGCUGAAGAUCGCAGCCAAUCCCUUCGCCAAGGGCUUCCGGGAGAAUGGCAGAAACUGUAAGAGGGAGCGAGAUGCCCGUGUGAAGAGGAAACUGAGAGGCCCAGAGCCAGUGGCCACAGAGGCCUAUGGGAGUGGAGAUGCACCAGGGGGGCCCUGCGAUUCCACACUGGGUGGGGACGUCCGGGAGUCAGAUCCCGAGCAGGCCCCAGCCCCCCGAGAGGCUGCCCAGGCCCCAGCCGCUCUGUGCAGCGGCCCCAGCGCCGAAGCCUACCUUCUGCACCCUGCAGCUUUUCAUGGGGCUCCCAGUCACCUUCCAAGCAGGAACCCCAGCUUCCCCGAGGCUCCGGACUCCGGGCGUCCAGCCCCCUACUCCGCUGCCUUCCUGGAGCUCCAGCCUGGGCCAGGGGCCUCAGGAUACCCCGCGGCUGCACCCCCAGCACCCUUCACCUCACACUUCCUCCAGGGGGGCCCCUUCCCCCUCCCCUACCCCGGCCCUGGGGCUUACCUGGACGUGGGCUCCAAACCCAUGUACUGAGCUCUUGCUGGGCCCCUCUGCCUCCCUCCCCACCUUCCAUCCCAGAUCUCUGCUGCCCUUCCCCCAGGCCUGCAGCCCCAUCACUUCCACUGGCCCCAUCCCCCACACCAAAUGGCUGCCCGGGGCCUCCCCCACCCCACUUCACACUUUGAUUUCACUCCCACCCACCCUGGCUUCAAAGCUCUGGCUAAGCUGCUGGGCGUCCAGCUGGGGCCAGCUUCCCCUUCCAGGCUCUCACCUCGGUGUGAAUGGAGGGAGGCUCUGCCUGGCCAAAUGGGGCCACUGCCCAGCACCCCCUCCUCCUGGGCCUCAGCCUUGGGCCCUGUAAGUCCUACCCCGUCGCCCCAGGACAAGCCACACGAGUUUGUUCUCAGGACCAGAGUAUUUUUGUUAAUAAAACUCAAAAGACUUCA